AUGUCCGAAAGAGAAUCGAUGUCAACAGUCAGAGACUCAGUAUCGCACCUGGAAGAGUAUAUGUAUCAUAUGAACGAACUGUACACAGAAUUUCCAAACAAACACGAUUCGGAAAAUGACCUGAAGAAAUCAGUCAAGAGCCUAAAGGACAAGAUUAAAUUUAAUCCAAGAUUUCAUGGAGUCAUUCAACUAGUUGGGUUGUUCAGAGAUAGAGGACUAGGAAACAAACAAGGAUUCUUGAAUUAUAAUUACCCACCUUUCCUAUUGACAUUCGGGUAUUUUUAUUAUUUUUAUGUUUCAACAGAUAUUCCAAUGAUCGUGAAAUAUUUGAUGAUGGAUCUGGCACGGGAGUUAUGUCAUCUCCAUUCAAGUUUCAACCAAUAUUACACUUAA